AUGCCCCAAAAGACUGAGCGGCAGCGCGACACUGAUGAGAUCUUGGAGAUGAUUGGGAUUAUGAAGGUCCUGGAGGCCUUCCAGGAGCUUGAGGAUGAUGAAGACGACACAGAAGAUGCAGCCACUGAGGAUGACGAGAGCAUACCCAUCUCCACCAUGCUCACCAUGGGUCUUGUUGCACUGCAUGCCCAACGCUAUCUCAAUGAGCGCCGUGUCAUUCCGAAGGGCAACAUUCUCUCGGUGCUGCUUGAGGACUGGAAAACGGGCUUCCCCGACUUCUUUCGAUCCUAUCUGUGUGUCACCCCGGCUACGUUUGAUGCCCUACUGCAUGCGAUAGAGGACGACCCUGUAUUCCACAACAACUCAGACACAGCAGAACAACUUGCGGUCAAUUCACAGCUCGCCGUUGCCCUCUAUCGCUUUGGCCAUUAUGGCAAUGGCGUCAGUGUUCGCAAAGUCGGUCUCCAACUUGGACUUGGAUUCGGAACGGUUGUCAAAUCAACUCGCCGUGUUAUCGCAGCCCUAUGCCGUGAUCGAGUUCGCAAGUCCGCGAUCCGCUGGCCUACCAAUGAGGAGAAAGAGAAGGCAAAGGAGUGGGUAGAAGAGCACUCCUGCCCUGCAUGGAGAGAUGGCUGGCUUAUGGUGGAUGGAACACUUGUCCCACUCUUUGCUCGUCCAGGACAUUUUGGGAACAACUGGUUUGACCGCAAAUCAAACUACUCUCUCAAUGUCCAGCUUAUCACCACACCAGAUUUACGAAUUGUCGACUACGGAAUUGGCCUUCCCGGCAGCCAGCAUGAUGCUACAGCCUGGAAGAUGACUCGGAUUCCCAAUGAGUUCGUUAUCCUGCUUCCAAAUGGCGAGUGGAUCUGGGCGGACUCUGCGUACCCACUUCAACUCUGGCUUAUGGCUCCAUACAAAGCGCCUAUGAAAUUUGAAGACUGGAAUGAGGUCUUCAACUACUAUGUGGCGAAUGUCCGUGUUCGCUCAGAGCAUGCGGUUGGCUACCUCAAGGGCCGAUUCUGCUCACUUCGUGGGCUUCGCCUAAGAAUCGACGAUCAAGAGCACAUUGGUUUCGCCACCUACUGGAUUAUUGCAUGCAUGGUUGUGCAUAACUUUGCAAUGGUCCAUGAGCGCAACAUUGAUAUGGAUGCUGAUGCAUUUUUCCUUGAGGGUUUGCAGCAUGUUCAGGCAGAGGCGGCUCAAGAGGCUGCAGCAGAUGCUGAUGCUCGUGAUAUUGAGCUUGCGGCAGCAGAGGAGCGCCCGUUGCGAGAUCAAGGAGAUGCUAUUCGAAUUUUUACGUACAGAGAAUACUAA